CUGCAGUCUGGGCCUGUGGCUCCUGAGUCGCCAAAGGGGGUUGUCUGAGGACUAGGUAUUUAGGCACCGUGGUGCCUCUAUGAAGAGUAGCCCCGUUUCGCUUGGGUGCCACGACGACACAGGCGAUCUCAUCAUCUCGUUACGCGUCCCAUGCUCAAGCUGGAUUACUCGACAAAACCACCUCAUGCCACAGCGUCCUCGCGCACACCGUACCUGAUUUCGUCCUCGUCAUGGACAGCCCCAUCCCGCGUCCGGCGAUCCGGAGCACGGGGAUCGCCAUGAUCGUCCUCACAACCCUUGUAGCGAUCGCCCGCGCAGCUGUAACUUUCAUCCAGCAUCGCAACGUCACCGGGGAGGACCUCUGGCUCCUCGCCAGCUACAGCUUCUUUCUGGUCGUAUCUAUCCUAUAUCUGUACAUUGUACCAGCCUUCUUCCGCCUCACCGACCUCGCGGUCGGGGCCAUAGAGCCCUAUCCAACAGCUGGUGAUGACGCGGUCUUCAUUCAGAAGGGGCUUUUCGUUGCCUCCGCCAGCCUUUGGUUCUGCCUCUGGUCAGCCAAAUUCUCGCUCCUCUUCAUGUACAAGAAGCUCGUGGACAAACUGCCGCUGUACCUCAAGCUGUGGUGGGCACUUGCCAUUUUCUCUGCGCUGUCUUUGGUCGGCGCCAUGAUCACACUGUUCUUGGCCUGCUCCAACAUGGAAGCCUGGUUCACCGCAGGCAUGUGCUACACGCCCCGCGACAUCGUCCACGCGGCGAUCAGCAUAUGGUACGCCUACGCCGUCGAUGUACUCACGGAUCUACUCAUUAUGUUCUUACCCCUCCGACUCGUCCUCAACCUACAGAUGCCCUUGUCCAGAAAAUUGGGUAUCGUCGGCCUGUUCUGUCUGGGCUGGAUCUGCAUCGCCGCCUCGACUAUCCGCGUUACACAACUUGCCAACCCAGGACACCAGCCCACCGUUCCGUGGCUCGCUGUCUGGGGCACGAUUGAGUCUGCUAUUGCAUUCAUCACCGUCUCGGGCCCGGGGCUCUAUCGUGCAGCUAAACUUUUAUCCAAGACCCGCAGGAAGUACUACGUCAACGAAAUGUACCACGACUCCAACACGGGAGGAAAUUCAAAGCAGGGCGCGAGCCGACUUGGGAGAAGCCAAAUACAUGACGACUCGGUCCAGCUCCGGUCUCUAGGCGGGACAUCAGCUAUCACUGCGGCCGCGUCCAACAGUAGCGAAGAGGAGCUGUUUGGCGUUGAUAGAGGUGCCAUCCACGUUAGAACGGCAGUGACAGUGGAGAGCAAGGAAUAAUCAGUGCGGAGGCUGUGCAGGUUGUGAUAUUGGGGCUCGUGAGACGUUGGUUAGCAUAGCGGCCGCAGCGCGGAGGUGGUGUGCGAAUUCAUUGUCUUUGUCUUUGGGUAAAAGAAUCUCCGGGCCAGUAAAUAAGAGACCCUGCCAGGCUUAAACAUAGAAGUCAAUCUGUAUUUGCUAAAUAGGCCAUACAAUUGGAUUAAUCGUAGCCGA